AUGCUUUUUAGCAACAUCCUUGCGGCGGCCGCUCUGGUCAGCACCGCCUUCGCUGCUCCAUCCAACAAGGAGACACGCGCAAACCGAAAGUUGAAAUGGUUCGGUAUCAACGAGUCGGGUGCUGAGUUCGGCGAGAAGAACAUCCCCGGUGUCUACAACAAGGACUACACCUGGUACGAUACCAAGACCAUCGACCAGUUCAUCAGCCAGGGCUUGAACGUGUUCCGUCUCAACUUCUUGAUGGAGCGCCUCACUCCCAACACUCUGACCGGUGCUUUCGAUAAAGCCUACCUUGGCAACCUCACUCAGCAGGUCAACUACAUCACCUCCAAGGGUGCCUACGUUAUGAUCCAGCCGCACAACUACGGCCGCUUCAACGGCAACGUCAUCACCGACACCGCUGGUUUCAAGACAUGGUGGAAGAACGUCGCCGCGCAGUACAAGAGCAAUGCGCUGGUCAUCUUUGACACCAACAACGAGUACCACGACAUGGAUCAGACACUUGUCUUCAAUUUGAACCAGGCCUCCAUCGACGGCAUCCGCGCUGCUGGCGCCACGAAGCAGUACAUUACCCCCGAGGGCAACUCGUGGACUGGCGCCUGGACCUGGAUUUCGUCUGGUAACGGCGCGUCCCUCGUUAAACUCAAGGAUCCACAGAACAAGCUCGUCUAUCAGAUGCACCAGUACCUUGACACCGACGGCUCUGGUACGUCUGCCAAUUGUGUCUCAGCCACGAUCUUCAAGGAGCGUCUUCAGGCUGCGACCAAGUGGCUCAAGGACAACAAAAAGCAGGGUUUCAUUGGAGAAUUUGCGGGUGGCAACAACGCUCAGUGCAUUGCGGCUCUUCAGGACGGUCUUGCCUACCUUGGCAAGAACUCUGAUGUCUGGGUUGGAGCCGCGUGGUGGGCAGCCGGUCCAUGGUGGGCUGAUUACAUCUUCAGCAUGGAGCCUACGACUGGUAUUGCGUGGGUCAACAUUCUUCCCAAGAUCAAGAGCUACUUCAUGUCUUAG